AUGCCGACAUAUCGCCCGUCCAAGGUCGAGCUGGCGGACACCGUUGAGCUUAUGCAAAAGCGGCUAGAGAGCCUUCUGCGGCAAUGGGAAACGCAGCCGCUUUCGAUAUUAACUCCACCGGUUCAAACAUCUUCUCUUGGAUCUUCCGCCGACUCGGCUGUGCCUCCAAAAGUCGAGAGCAUUCCGAAUGGACUCUUUCGACAACACCACGGGAGUGAUUUCUCUGCUGACCUCCCGAGCGACUUCUUCAGCAAUUCCUACUCGGCACGUAGCUCGAUUGGAAACGGGGCCAUGGCGGUCCACACACAAGGGGAAGACUUCUUCAGGACCCCCCAGACGGCCUGCAGUCCCAUUGACCAUGGAUCCCUACCCUUUCAGCCGCAGGGGGGCGACUUCUCUGCAGACCUGUCAAAUGACUUCUUCAACAGCUCUCGUGCGGGCCGGACGCGAAGCGGGACAGAUAUUUCAUCAGUUCAGGCCCUUGAGACUCUGGGCAGCGCGGGCGGGCGGACACAGGAGGAUCACCACGGACUAUGGAUGCCAAGCCUGCGGGAGCUCAGGGGGGUGACCGCCGCCUCGCUGAGCCAGGGCACGACCGAGGCGGACAACAAAAACAGCAGCGGCAUCGCUGCGACGGCAUGCCUAGCAGAGCUUUCGGCCUUCUCCACCGCCAUCUUCACCACGCAGGCCGAGGUCGCGGGCGUCUCACUCGCCGUGGCUGAGUACCUGGCGUGGAUGCGCAAGGAGCCGCAGCCGCCGGCCAACCUGACCCGGAUGCUGCAGACGCUCGAGGCACGGGCGCGCGAGGUCCACGAAAUGGCGCGCACGAGGCACUGGACGGCGUGGCGGGCCAUGGCGGCGGCGCUGGAGCCGCACGAGAGCCUGGGUCCCUCCCUGCGGGGCCUGGAGGAAGACCUCUUACGGCGCGAGGCUGAGGUUGACAACUUCUUCGAGGUCGGCUACAGCGCCGGCCAGGCGCUGACCAACCAGUACAAGCCCUAG